UAGGGGAGUUGUAUAAAACAUGCAGAGUGCCCUUCUUUACUGUCCAUCCCAUGUGUUCCAUAAUACAGCUUGGAUUUCAUGGUUUUUCAUAUGCAUAGCACAUACUGUGCCAGUUUUGAAAGUGCCUUGUGGAGGUCUGCCCAUCACCAUCACUCCUAUUUGGUCUCCUUCCACUUUGGUUUUGCCUGCACAUUGCUGCAUGUUUUGGCUAAAUAACUAGCAGAAAUAAUAGUUCAAUAGUGGCAAUAAUAAUAAAACCUUGGUGGUACCUUUUAACUAUAUUUUCACUUGGUUACAGUUGGUGUUUUGCAACAUGUUUGCCAAACAAGAUAAAUAAGUAUGUGUUAAAUGAAUAAAUUAUAUCCAAUCUCAGUUACCACUACUGAAAAUUCACAUAGAAUUAAAUUAACAUAAUUUACAUUUCAGAUCUGCACGACCACUAAGACUGAAGUUUAAAUGGCUUGCAGAACAAUCUCCACAAGGUGCCCUAUCAAAAUGUCUUUUUUUUUUUCAAUCAGAAAUUAGGUGGAUCAAACUAAGAAGCUGAAUUUGACAGGAAAAAUGCUUUUCGUAUGUCAGAAUAUGUGAUUGAUGGGAGUUAUUCGCUUCUGUCGGGCUCAAAUCGUGUUCCAGGAACAAGGGGGGAGGGGCGCUGAGAGAAGUUGCAUUUAUUGUGAAGCGCCUGCCUCCAGCUAACCUAAUUUAUUAAGGCUGUAGCGACUUCAGAUUUUCUCUGAUCAUAAUAGUUUAACAGCGAAAUGACUGCAUUUCACAGCUGUAAUUGCUGGAAACAGCCAGUCGUGCAGAGCUAAUAUACACUUAAAAAAAUAAAACAUAAAAUUCAGGCUUAUGAGUUUCGUUUAUUUUAGGGUUGAACGUGGUUCACGUACACACUUGGAAAAAAUAUAUUUUGUCCCAGUGGGUCUAAAGUGCGACACAAAAUAAAACACGGAUUGACGUUUUAUGUGUUUUAAGUAAAAUUAAUUUAUCGGGGGUGUAGCUUUAUUACUGUAUUCGAAGAAAAACAAAGGUCGAAAUUUGCGCGGUCCUUUUUCAGGAAAUUAAGAUUUCCGAUGGGACCUGAAGGGAACAGGACAGUGACGCCAAUCGCGCGCCGAUUGUGAGGGGGUGAUUUGGUUUAAGGUGACCAAUCAGCGAGAGGAACGUCUUACGAAGACGUGAGUGAAACGGCCCGCCCUUACGUCGGUUCAUUGAAGAAGAGGGACGGUCUGAGCUGCGCACCAUCCUCCGGAGGAACCAUGACAUCCAAACUUUGUAAGCUUUUUGUUGGGGGAUUGAACGUGGAGACCACCGAUGAAGGCCUCCGCAAGUACUUCGAGCAGUAUGGUACCCUUAGCGACUGCGUGGUGGUCAUGAACCAGCAGCUUGGACGUUCCCGCUGUUUCGGUUUCAUCACCUACUCCACGCCGGAGGAGGCCGACGCAGCAAUGGCCGCUAAGCCACAUGUCGUCGAAGGCAACAACGUGGAGGUGAAAAGGGCCAUAGCGCGAGAGGAUGCCAACAACCCGGACAUACUCGCCAAUGUCAAGAAAAUCUUCGUCGGCGGCGUGAAAGACCACAUCGUUGAGGAGAACCUGACCGAGUACUUCUCGCAAUUUGGCGCGGUGGAGAAGGCCGAGAUCAUCUCCGACAAGCAGACCGGCAGGAAGAGAGGCUUCGGCUUUGUCUUCUUCGAGGAUACCGACUCCGCCACCAAAGCGGUCCUGACCAAAUACCACACCAUCAACGGGAACAAGGUGGAGGUGAAAAAGGCUCUAACCAAGCAGGAAAUGUCCACCAGCGGCCGGGGAGGAAGGGGUCGAGGGAGAGGGAUGCAGAGUUACGGCGGCGGAAGAGGAGGCGGCGGCGGCAGCUACGGAGGCGGCUACGGCGGUAGUUACGGGGGUGGCUACGGCUACGGCGGGGGCUAUAACGGGGGGGAUGGCUACGGAGGCUACGGGGGAUACGACGAAUACGACAGCCAGAUGGGUGGCGGGUACAGCAAUGGGGACUUUGGGGACGGCUAUGGACAGCAGCACUCCAGUUACGGAGCGAUGAAGGGGGGCAACUAUACUUCUUACCGGAGCGGGGCUCCUUAUAACAGGGGUGGUGGAUUUAGCAGUGGCUACUAAUGGCGCCCUCAAACGAUGAGAGAUUCAUUUCUAAUUGAAAUGGACUUGAUUUACACACACGAGCUACACAUGUCCAGGUAGGGGGUGAGAGGUGGUCUUCGAGUUCAAUUAAAAAGAAGCAACGCCCAUCACCCACACAGCCUGCUUUCUGGAUCCCAUCCACCCCCCACCAGGACUUCCCUUCUUGUCCUCUUAUUCCACACGUUAUGGACUUUAAUACUAAGAAUUGUGAAUUAUUGAACUGUAUUUUGUUAUGUUGAAUUCUUUAAGUAUAAUUUUUGUCAGUCACUGCUUCAAAUGAGGAAAAAAUCGAUUGUUUGAUUUGCAGAUCUGUCAGUUUUGCCUGUUUUCACACCAUGAACUCAGGGUUUUAGGUAAAGUUUGUGGCAGUGUCCGGCAGCAUGGGACUGGAUUUCUUCAGCUUCUUGACCCUAAAACUUUUUUCUUUGCUCUCUUUUGUUUAUUGUUUUGAGAAAUGUCAGGGACUAUUUUCACUGUACUCUUGCCCCACUUUCCCGUCCCAGUUUUCUUUUUGUUUUCUAUUUUUGUUUUUUUGUUUUGCCUAGAUUAAAAUCCUUUGAAAUUCAUGUGUUCAGCUCACCCCCUAUGUUCUGCUUUUAUUAAAGUUUUUAAUGUUUUAAAAAUCUAUCUAAUCUCGCAGUCUUAAUUCAGAUCAACAGAAAGUGCUUUUAAACCCCCCACUUUGGGAACGUUUGGGAACAAUUAUUUUUAUUUCCUUUUUAAAUCCUUAAACUCUCCUCUUUAAAUUGGGUUCAGGAAACUACCACUAGGAGGUAGUAUUGCCUGGAAAUCAUGGAUUUCUGCUACAUCGGCCAUUUUGGAGGUGGUGAAUCACCAAAGCAGUAUUUGUUAUUCCUAUACAACAUAAAAAAUAAACGAGCAUCCUCAUUUUGAUUAACUGCUUUGUUUUUUGUUUUGUUUUUUUAAGACUUACCAGUUGUCUUUUUAUUUUUCCUCCAUAUUGAUCUACAGAAACGCAUCGAUGACAGGUUUUCACAAUAUCAGGCUCCUAAAACCCUCACAGAUUCAGCCAGCUGAUAAAUAUUUUCACCUGGGAGCAACCAGUAUUUAGUGUCCAUCAAACAAAGGGGAGAGGUGUUAGGUAUUGGCAGAUAUAAAUGAACGUAACGGGCCAUGGUGCUAAAGUGUGUACCAAAUCCGCUUGUGUAAGGGCUGGAUGUCAUCAGCAACACCUACAUGACCUACAAGAUUUUAUGGAGGAAAGUAGGUGCACAGGCAAAGGAAGAAUGAAGUGAGAGCUCUCACUCUGAACCUGUUUCUGGUUUGGAAAAUAUCCAAAUACUGGGUGUUUUUAUAUGAAAGUAUUUUUCUUUUUAACAUUGAGUGUUAUAACCUGAUGUUGUUACAGCUGUACACUGCAUUUUAUCACUCCUUUCAUGCCUGAUUUUUAUAAAGCACGUUUAGUAGCAUACAUUCAUUGUUUGACUGAAUCAUUUUGGCUUUAGAUUAAAUGGAAUGAGAGUUGGAAGAGACCUCGAGCGAACUUAAAACUGAAUGCUGGUCUUCUAUUAUCAGUUUAGUACAUGGAAAUGCACAUACUCAUCACAAACCUGACCUAAGAGUUCUGGAGAUGAGAAUGGGCAUUUCCAGGAAGGAAAUCAGAAAUAAAUGCAGAAAACAGGCCUGGAAAACCUAUGAUUUUAACGUUUCUGUGCAGCCUUGCCUUGUAUCCUGUUUAAUAUAUUUAAGGAAAAGUUACACUUCACAAAAGGUUUGAGCGUUAAUUUGUAAUGCUUGUUUUGCAAAGUAUUUUGAGCAUAAUCUUGCUAGAUAUAAUGCUUUAUUUAAACCAGAUUAACAGAUCCUAAUAGAAAAUGUAAAAUAAAAAACUAAGGAGUAAAAAUGAUCCCCUGGGGUGUCGAGACUUAAGCACGAGCAGCAGAGAAAGACAAAGUGCCGCUGACACCUUCUCUCUUUGUUAUUUAACCACAUGUAUUGUGCACAAGCGUAGACUCUAAAUGCAUAUUAAUGUGAAGCACCUCUCACAUGCCAAACAUAUCAGGCCAAGCUUUGCUUUUCCAGUGUAUUUGAGCGUGUCUAUGUUCAGCAUGCUUCCCAGUGUUUACUCCCUGUAAACUGUAUGACAACCUCCCUUCAAAGCCACCCUACAGGGAUCUAGGUACAGCUUCCCCAAAGGUCACACAGAGUUCAGUUCUUCAGGCACAGGGUUGCAGGUUUUUUUGUUUUUCACAUUUUACAAAUAGGAUUUUAAGUCAACUUCAAUUCAUAGCGAGUGAGAUUAGCAAUAUUAAAUGAGGCUAACUGAGAAGGUUCCGGUGUAUAACUCAUAAUUAUUCCCUUUAGAGUUUGUGAGAGGAGUGCUGUUGACACCAACCCGUUCAGUGUUUUACAACAGCAGAAAAAUCUCUGACUCACAGGAAGCCAGAAUAAAGCUCCGAUCACUGGACAGAUGUGAUCCACUGGCUGUGAAUGUAAAAUACUAAGUCAAACAGUGGGUGGAGCUAGAAAGAUUUAUUAUAGAGACGACCAUUAUUUACACUACGUGCAGAACUUGAUAUGUAAUUUUUUUAACUGUAGUCCAAAGAGUUAUUUUUUGAGCCACUUUUAUAAUUUGCUGAAUCCCUCGCGAAUAGUGCAUAAAAGUGCUAAUACAAAGCAUUUUUAUUUUAACCUCAACUGAUAGAAGAAAGUUCCUCAAGUUAUUUUUUGUUAUUGCUGAAGUAAACUAAAUGCAUGUUUGUGCUGUUAAAAUAGGAACAAUUAACUUAUAGAAAUAGUUCUGCAUACCCCUUUUGCUCAAAUGUGAAUUCAAAGGGUGGCUGACUUACGUUUGAAAGCUCAUGGGUAGGAAUUUUGCUUCGUGGUAUUUGCAAUCACUGAAUGCUCCCAUAGAUUUUAAAAUGGGACUCUUUCAGUGCAGAUGUGACUAGAUGUGACUAUUUGUAUUUGACUCCUUAGUAAGCAUUUUAUGAUACACUAAUAGACUAAAUGCAGGCCACCCUCCAGUAAGCAAUUUUGGAUUGUACAAUCUUGCUAUUUAAUAAAACCUAAAUAUUCAUAAUGUGGGCCUAUUUAAGAUGUGAUUUUUAAGUCAUCUAAAUUCUUUUACUUUGGCAGUCCUUCCAUUGCAGAGAUUUAAAGACUAACAGCUCUUGCAAUACAACUAAAAUAACAAAAAAAUGGCUUUAUUUUAUGUCUACAACGUUGCUGCAUUUCCUGUUAUCUUAAGUAGCUGGUAACGCCCCUGCUUUAUACCAGGUGAUGGAUUUCACAUUUCUUGUUAGAGAUGAAACAGUGAUUUGAUUAGCCAGAUGAUGGAAAAUCAAUUGUACUCAUGAAGUCCUGCAAAUGCAAAAGCAUUUAUUGACUGUGCUGCCUUUAUAGUGCAAAUGGAAACAAAAGGCGUCGAAACGCAUUUUCUUUUUAGUUAAUCGGAAUAUCUGAAUUAUAAUCCUCCAGCUAAUUCAAAUCAGUUGUGUUUUUAAGAUAAGAGAAAUUCAAGUUUAUCGUGGGAGGAGCAUUUAGUAAUUUCAGGGAAAUGUUGAUCCCUGAUCCUGUUUUCACUGGAAAUGACAACAAAAGACGAAUGAUACAAAGAAAGAACGAUGAACCCUAUAACUCUUAUGCAAUUGUGGUCUUGUUGAUAAUUCUUGUCAUUACUUAUUAUCUUUCAAAGGUUGGCUUACUGUGUUUUAAUACAGUUUGUAUAACUAUUUUUAAAAAUGUGCAUAAAAAUAAAGGGAGUGAGUCACCAUAUAAAACCAUCUGUGUAUGCCAGUCUUGCGGAGUUACUCAUCUUUCUAAUAGACGAUCUGCGUGCAGCCGGCCGCUCGGCGCUCAUGCCCGCUGUGUUCUCUGACUCCGGGAGGAUGGACGGUGUGUCGUUGGGUCUGGUUGCCACACCGGCCUCACCGCGUCCACCAUGUGCCACCGAUUCAGAAGAGGACACGGUGAAUGGAGGGAUGCACACCUUCAACCAGACGCACAUGAGGAAAGCGUUUCAGUUGAUGAACGACCUGAGGAG